AUGGCAAGAGCUUCUCUUUCCAUUCUCAAAUUGGUGAUGAUCAUAAUAUGUGCAGGUUGGAUAUCUCUUUGGCUCCUUAAGCCCACAGAACUAUGGACAAGAAAAUGGCAUGGAGCAGAAGAAAGCGCUAGAACUACAGCGUUUGGCUAUAAUGGUCUUGAUUUUGCUGUCUACACAUUCCCUGUUAUUGCUUUAGCUAUUAUUGGGUUUGUUUAUCUGGAACUCAAACCAAGGGAAUUAAGCAGGAGACAAGGGAGAAGUUCAAUCUCAGCUUUCUCCAACCCGCUCGUUGUCAAUAGCUACCUAGGUAUUUUUUCCAGCAUUGAGAUCCUUGCCAUAUCCCUCUUCAUCCUCUUCCUAGCAUGGACUUUCUAUGCCCACAUCUCUAAUGAUUUCAAGAAGAUAAUUCCGUACAAAGCGUUCAAACUGAAUAUAUGGCAGUUCAAGGUUUAUAAGAUGGCGGUCCGUUGUGGUCUGCUGGCAGAAGCCUGCCUGGCCCUGCUGCUUCUGCCAGUCUUGAGGGGAAUGGCUAUAUUUCGGUUACUUGGUGUCCAGUUUGAAGCAUCUGUAAGAUAUCACAUCUGGCUCGGGACUGCAAUGAUACUUUUCGCCACUUUGCACGGUGUCGGCACGUUUUUCAUCUGGGGCAUCAAACACCGCAUUCAGGAUGAGAUGUGGAAAUGGCAAAAAACAGGCCGAAUAUACCUUGCAGGGGAGAUCGCUCUUGUUGCAGGGCUACUUAUUUGGAUCACGUCACUUCCAUGUAUGAGAAGGAAACGGUUUGAAGUUUUUUACUACACACACCAUUUGUACAUAGUCUUCCUAGUAUUCUUCUUGUUUCAUGCUGGAGAUCGCCACUUCUAUAUGGUUUUCCCCGGGGUUUUUCUCUUUGGCCUAGACAAGCUACUCCGAAUCAUACAGUCAAGGCCAGGAACAUGCAUCCUAUCUGCUCGAGUUUUCCCAAACAAAGCCAUAGAGCUGAUGCUGCCCAAAGACCCAAAAUUGACUUAUCCCCCGACAAGUGUGAUAUUCAUGAAGAUACCAAUCAUAUCCAAAUUUCAGUGGCACUCCUUUACUAUAAGUUCUAGCUCUAUUGUUGAUGAUCACACUAUGUCUGUUAUAAUCAAAAGUGAGGGAUGGUGGACAAGCUCUCUCUGUAACAUAUUGCAGGCUGAACUAGACUCUGAUGCUGAUCAAAAGAAGUGUAUUCCAAUUGGACUGGAAGGCCCUUAUGGACCUGCAUCAGUGGACUUCUUAAGAUAUGACAGUCUACUUCUGAUUGCUGGAGGAAUUGGGGUAACGCCGUUUCUGAGCAUUCUGCAGGAAAUUGCCUCUGACCGAAACAGUGGCAGAAAUAGAUUCCCCACAAGAAUACAACUUAUCUACACUGCAAAGAAGUCCCAAGAUAUCUGUCUGUUAAAUCCAAUAUUUUCUCAACUCAUGGACCAGAAUGUCAAUCAUUUGCAUCUGAAACUGAAAGUGUUUGUCACCCAAGAAGAGUCAUCUGGUAGAACAUUAAAGGAACUAAUAAAUGAGUUCUCUUACGUGCUAACCAUAGAUCUUGACACAAAAUGUUCGAGUUAUGCAACAUAUGGACUUGAGAGUUUGCUUUGGAUGGCUUCCAUUGCAGGGAUUUCAUCAAUUUUGUUCUUCAUCUUUCUUAGUAUCUUUAACCACGUCUUUCUUCCCCCUGCCAAAAAUCCCUCUAAACAGAAGAAUCCCUCUUCAGAAAAUGAUCUCCUCCUCAUAUGUUCCUUUGCUAUAACGAUCAUGUGCAGCACCUUGGUGGCUAUUAUAGUGAGAUGGAGAAAGCUGAGGAAAUCGCCUUCACUGUUGUCUGUUAAACAAGGCAAAGCUACGAAACCAAGUUCAACAGAAACAAACAGAGCUCGUGAGGAACAUGAAAUCCAUUUUGAAGGAAGGCCCAACUUCCAGGAUAUAUUUUCGAAGUUUCCAAAUGAAACUGGCGGAGCUAAUAUUGGGGUCUUAGUGUGUGGACCUGAAUCCAUGAAAGAGUCAGUGGCUUCAUUAUGCAAGCUAAAUUCUCAAGGACUACCUAUGGGUGCUCAGAGAAGGAAGCCCUACUUCAAUUUCCACUCCCUGAAUUUCGCACUCUAGUCUCACCGUUAUUUCCAGUAUUCGAGUUUCACAGGCAAAUUGCACACAAAUGUCAACAAGUGUCCAUGCCUGAUCGGAAAAAAAAAGGGAGAUUUCUCGAUCAAGCUAGCUUCUUUGGGCAUGUCUAUAUAAUAUACGUGUAGUAUUUGGUGUUUCAAAUAAUCGCAGAACUCAAAACCAGAUUGGCCACUGUGAUCCCCCUGAAUUUCAUUUUUGACCCCAUUCUGCAUGUGAUCUUCUUCUCACCUCCUUCUAUAAGUUCAAAGGUCAAAUAAAGAAGCAAAGGG